AUGUCAAUGAGUUGUGUCUGUAGAGAGUUAACGGGUGUUGCUGAAAACACAUGUAUUUACCAGAAUAAGCCGAUGAGAAAGCUGAUCAGAAAAGAGUAUCGAAUGAUGACCGAUGAAGAGCGAGAACGUUUUCAUCAAGCGAUCAAAACGAUGAAAGAGAAUGGAAAAUACAAUGAAAUGGCAUCGAUACAUGAGAGGUAUGGCCAAGUGGGCGGUGUUCAUGCUGGGCCCGCGUUUUUACCCUGGCACAGAGAGUAUUUGAAAAGAAUGGAAUUCGAGUUGAGGCGAAUCGAUCCAGAAAUCUAUAUACCGUAUUGGGACUCAACUCUCGAGGAUCGCUUACCAAGACCUGAAUUCUCAACACUUUUCAGCCCAGAACUGAUGGGAACGGGAACCGGACCGGUGGUUCAUGGACCGUUUGCUGGGUGGAAAGUUAUCAAUGAGUCACGCCCUCUUCUGCGACAAGUUGGUCAACGGAAAGACGCUUCACCGUUCAAGGAUUACGUGCUUGAAUGGUUACUUCAGCGGCAAACGAUUGCCUUUCUUGCCCACACCGCACCAAGACCAGAAUGCCCAUACCCGUAUGAUCGCUCUUCUUUCGAAGCUCUCCAUUCAAGUGUACACUUUUGGGUCGGGGGUGACAUGUACUCUCCAAUGGCUUCUGCAAGUGAUCCAAUUUUCUUUUUGCAUCAUGCGUUUGUCGAUUUCAUUUGGGAAGCCUAUCGACUGAAGAGACAGGAUAGAAGCACUCGAGAGCAAGAAUAUCCGAAUGAUGAUUCGCGCUGCACAUCAGAACGGCAUUUUGUUCAAGCUCCAAUGAUGCUACCACAAUCGGCGAAUGGCGAAAGAAGUAUGACCAAUGGAAAUGGCUUAUCGAAUUUGUACACUGAUGAACUCUAUGAGUAUGCUCCUCGGCCGAAAUGUCAAUCGAUUCAAGGAGGAUGCGGAAGUCGCUUCCUAUUUUGCGAUGUUUCUCAUGGAAGUCCAAGAUGUGCAGCAAAAGUUCGAAUAGGAGGCAGUUGUGAAGGCUUUGACAACGGCGAAGAUGUCUGCUAUCAAUCUUUUUGCUACGAAAAAAUGUGCUUGUCUCUAGAGAAUCUAAGCAUCACCGAAACAUCGACGACUUUAGCUACUUUAACGACAACUUUAAAACCAUCAAAUGAAUCCAUUAAAUCAAAGAAUACAAGUUGCUUUAACCAAUAUGAGUGUUGCUCUGAGUGGGCAAAGAAUGGUGGCUGUGAAUGGAAUGUGACAUACAUGGAAACUGCUUGCCCGGUCUCGUGCAAGCAUUGUAAACCAAAGGAUUCAAUAGCGGAUGACUGUUCUGAUCGUCAUCCAUCGUGCGCUGAUUGGGUGAUCAAUGGAGAGUGUGCAAAAAAUCCUUUUUGGAUGACCGAGAAUUGCCGACAAAGUUGCAUGCGCUGCGGGAAAACACGUGCCGAGGCUUGCUCGAGUCGGAAAUUGGUGGAGACAGCAGAUAACGCGACAGAGACUAUUGCUCGUGCUCAAUGCAAACCGAUGACUGAUUGCUAUAACAAGUACCCAUGCUGUCCGUACUGGGCACUUCAAGGCGAAUGCACGAGUAAUCCCGAUUUUAUGAUCUGCAACUGUCGGGUCUCGUGUGCAGUUUGUAAACCGACGAAUCAUCCAUUGGGAGCUUGCAUGGAUUAUCAUAAUCAAUGCUCGAUUUGGGCACAACGAGGGGAUUGCAGUCGAAAUCCGUGGAUGGAGGAGAACUGUCGAUCGAGCUGUCAAACGUGUUUCUCGCGUUUUGAUCUGCAAACACUUUGCGGAUCAUCGACCGCAGGAAUUGGACUUAUUGCGGAUAAACGCCAGCCUAUGCAGCAACAAAUGACACAAAACCGGGACCAAAAUGGCUUUAAUUCGUGGAUUGGUGGUGGCUGGGAAGGGAAUGGAUGGAGU